AUGAAUCUCCAAGGCGUCCACUUCAUUGGAGUUCUGCUGUCGCUGUGGAGCCUUCCCAUUGGGGCCGAGUUCCCUCUGCUCUUUCCGGCAUCCUCCGUUUACCAGAUAACCUCCUCACUUUCGGUGCCAGUGGUCAUUCCGGAUCGCAAACUAUUUUGGGACUGGGGCCUCCAGAUGAACUAUGCUUUGCCCGCUCAACCCUCCUCCUUCUACGCGGCCACCAUUUGGCCAGAUGAGUUCUCCAGGCGGGGAAAGCGUCACUUAAGGAAUGAGACCGCAAAGUAUCUGAAAGGAGGUGAUUCUACCAUCCAUCCCAGUGACCUUACGGCCGGCGAGCUGUACGAGAGUCUGGAGAACAUGCUCAUCCGCUAUGGUUUCGAUGAGUCCUGUCUUCUGCGCAGUGUUUGCGAACUGGCCCGACAUCCUUUCAAAGAUAUAGAAAACAACAUGCUCACCGCUCUGAUGACUUUUACACUGACCCCCUCUUUGCACGAGGCUUUUGCCCCCGGGGAAAAUCUCUACCGGGAAGUUUACGAACAGGCGGAACAACAAGGAUUUCUGGGAAAGAGUUGUGGCCAUUUGUAUUCCAAUUGCCCCGUGGACUUCCUCAGCGGCAUCAGCAGCCUGUUGAGCUAACAGUGUUUACCUGAUCCAUUCAACUAAAUGUCCACAAGCAGACAGACUAAUUAGCCGC